AUGGUUAUGGCAUCUAGUACUAUAACUACAACACCAUUAUUACCUUCCUCACCUCCUCCUCCCCCCUCUUCCACCUCUUCUUCUUCCUCUUCCUCUUCUUCAACAAUAAAUACUUCAACAACUUCCCCAACUUCCCCAAUUCAAAACAAAACUUUAAUAUCAACGUCAGCAUUUAUUUCAACAAAAAAAUCUCCAAAUGUCCCAGAACUUAAAAUUGAGAAUAAUAAUGGAGGAAAUAAUUCUUUAAAUAAUAAUGGAUGUUGUUUACAUUUUAAUAAUUCUUUAAAUUGUAAAAAUGGAGGAGGAGGAAUUAAAACACCGAUGAGUGCUGCAACUUUGUUUUCCAAUGGAAUUUGUUUUUUAGAAACUCCAACACCCAAAAUACCCGAUACUUUGAGAACACCUACAGCUUUACUUACAUCACCUACUAACUCUUCUGCUAGUUCAAAGUCUUCUGUAAGAGAAAAAUAA